GCAGCAGCAGCAGCAGCAACAAAUCAGGUGGUACCAGGAAGGGAGGGAUGCCGGGCGCUGGGGUGUGGGUGUUCCGGAACGGCGUGAUGCAGCUGGAGGAGCCGGCGGCGGCGGGGCGGAGGGCGCUGGUGUACAUUCCGACGAACGAGGUGGUCCGGUCGGUGGAGGCGCUGGAGCGGCGGCUGGCGUCGCUGGGGUGGGAGCGCUACUACGAGAACCGCACCGUGGUGCAGCUCCACAAGCGCGACGGCGGCGCCGACCUCAUCACCAUCCCGCGCGACUUCGCCAGCCUCCGCUCCACCCACAUGUACGACGUCGUCGUCAAGAACCGGGACCACUUCAAGGUCGUCGACGCCCCGACGCCUACCUAGCUAGCUCCUUACGGUGUGUGCGCGCUUCACUGCUUGGAGAAAACAUCUCCUCACUUCGUCUUGAAGGAAGGGGUCGACCAUUAGAGAGAGAACAUCUCCUCACUUCGUCUUAAAGGAGGGGAGUUCUGAACCUGGCCGGCUUAUUGUGUAUUGUCUUUCUGUUUAAUUACUUUCGUGUGAAAUAAAGUGAAAUGUUUGGUUGCUUGCAGUCAA